CCGAAUCUUCUAAGAAUCACGCAAGUUCUUUUCGUUCUUUCAAAGAAGAACGAAAAUAGAUCAACGCGUCGACAUGGUUUCCAUUCGCCUUAUCCUGACUUUCGCUGUUAUCAUGGUAGCCUUCGUCAUCAGUGCAAACGCUGCGUAUAAAAAACCACCUUUCAACGGUAGCAUAUUCGGCAAACGAUCUAACACGGUGACUGAUUAUGAAGUUACCAGCCGCGCUCUAUCAGCGAUUUGCGAAGUCGCCAGUGAAACCUGUACUGCUUGGCUGUCUCAUCAAGAAUCCAACUGAAGAUGAAAAACCGACCGAGAUAAUCCAUGAUUCUCGCCAACUCUGAUCGACUCAUGAAACAAUGUAACUAACCGACUCCUGUAAAGUACCUGCAAUCAUGCGCUUAAAAGUUCGUCACAUUGUCUUCUAUCAAUAAUCGUUUCAUUACGCGUCAUAUAUUUAAUCGUAACUUUAUACAUAAACAAUAUUGUAAUUACGAUGGUUUAAGUUUUCACGAUCUAGCUUUAUUUAUCAAAAGUAUCCCAAAUAAAGUAUUAUGAUUU